ACUUUUCUUUAUCUCGAUCCUCUUUGACUCUCUCUCUCAUCUCUUUAGUUUAUCCACGAACGAAGAAAACCUAAAAGAAGAAGAAAAGGAAAAUCUCGAAAGAGAAGCCAUGGCAGGAGUUGGACCGAUGACCCAAGAUUGGGAACCAGUUGUGAUCCGUAAGAAAGCUCCUAACUCUGCCGCUAAGCGCGACGAGAAGACUGUCAACGCUGCUCGUCGUAGCGGCGCCGAUAUCGAGACCGUUCGCAAAUUCAAUGCUGGAUCCAACAAGGCUGCAUCAAGCGGCACCUCCUUGAACACGAAGAGGCUUGAUGAUGACACUGAGAACUUAUCUCAUGACCGUGUGCCUACUGAGUUGAAGAAAGCCAUCAUGCACGCCAGAGGGGAGAAGAAGCUGACUCAAUCCCAACUCGCCCAACUGAUCAAUGAGAAGCCACAAGUGAUCCAAGAAUACGAGUCAGGGAAAGCAAUCCCGAAUCAACAGAUCCUUUCUAAGCUGGAGAGAGCACUUGGUGCUAAACUCCGUGGAAAGAAGUAAGAACAAAUCUCUUAAGGUGAAAAAAACUAAUCGCAGUUUCUCCCUCCAGUUCAGAUGCAUUACAUAUGCUAUGAAAAGUGAAAACUAUAUGGUUGGUUUUAAUGGCAUAGUAGUGAUGUGUUGCGAGAAAUCUUUUAUGAUGUGAGAAUAACAAAGCUGUUUGGAACUUUAUGUCAUUAUAAAUAAUCUGUUUUCUUUCGUUUCGUCAUGUCUCGUAAACCCCAUGUUCCACUUUUGGAAAAAGUUCAAGGUUGAAAUU